AUGAAUUUUUUCUCGCGUGUCUCCACAAGCACUGUCCACGAACUUCUCUUCGCCAAUGACUGUGCCCUCAAUGCAACUACUGAAGGAGACAUGCAAAGGAGCACUGAUCUCUUCUCCGUCAUCCGCGAGAACUUCGGCCUUCUCAUCAACACGGAGAAGACGGUGGUCAUGCACCAACCGCCACCCAACACAGCCCAUCGCAAUGCGCCGCAAAUCAGCGUGAACGGAACCCAACUGCAAGUGGUGGAGAACUUCCCGUACCUGGGCAGUACUCUCUCCUGUAGUACCAAAAUCGAUGACGAAGUUGCCCACAGGAUUUCGAAAGUCAGUCAAGCCUUCGGUCGCCUUCAAAGCACAGGUUGGACUCGUCAUGAUCUCCAGCUCAGCACGAAGCUGGAGAUGUACAAGGCCAGCAUCCUCUCGACGCUGCUGUACGGAGCAGAGACUUGGACAGUGUACACAAAGCAGGCACGCCGACUCAACCACUCCCACCUCAGUCGUUUUCGUCGCAUCGUGCUGCCGAGUUGGCAGAAUCGAAUCCCGACACUGAUGUACUGGAACUGA